GUUUGCCUGUCCUCCACCCAAGUGAUGUUGAGAGUGUGGGAGCAGGUGAAUAAAAGCCCCAAUACCACAGAGCCUGCCGAGAGCUCUCUCCCCCACAAUGAGGCGUUCUGUGACUUCACUGUCAUGUCCUACAACAUAUUGGCUCAGGACCUGCUGGAGGCCCAUCAGGAGCUUUACUCAUACUGCUCACAGGAGGUGCUGGAGUGGAGCUACCGCUGCCACCUCUUAAUUGAGGAAAUCCUGAAAUGGAGACCAGAUAUUCUGUGUCUCCAAGAAGUCCAGGAAAACCACUAUGAAGAACACCUGCAUCCUGUCCUCUAUCACAUGGGCUACACCUGUGUGUACAAACGGCGAACAGGCACGAAGACAGACGGCUGUGCAACUUGCUACCGAGGCAAUCACUUCUCUGAGUUAUCAGUUAGCCUUCUUGAGUUCCACAGGCCUGAGACGGGGCUUCUGGACAGGGACAAUGUGGGUAUUGUGCUGCUGCUUCAGCCACUUGUCAACUCUGGGUCAGAGGCCAAAGCAAAGGGCCCACCCCUCUGUGUUGCCAAUACCCACCUGCUGUUCAACCCCAAGAGGGUUGACAUAAAGCUGGCCCAGCUUGCCAUAGUUUUGGCAGAUAUCAACAAGGUGGUCAAGUCCUGCAAGGACAAAGGGGAUCACUGUAACGUCAUCUUGUGUGGAGACUUCAACUCUAAUCCUUACGUGCCUUUGUACCAGCUAAUCACCACUGGUCAACUCUUCUACCAAGGCCUACCAGCCUGGAUGACAUCAGGUCAAUGGAACCCAUCUCACAAAUCGCAUCACCACAGACUGUUCGCCUCUCUUAGUUCUCUGGGAAUCUCUGACAACUGCCAGUACAUAACCAGAGAGCAAAAGUUUGAAAGCAAGAGUCAGAAUACAGGGAAACUCAAGUACAACCACGACUUUCUCCUGCAGCUGCAGUUCUGUCCAGCUGCAUGUGUCCGUCCCCUGGACCUCGAGCUUAUUCCCGGUGUUACUGACAAUACACCAGAUGCUUCCCGGGAAAAUCAGCCUUAUACUAGGGGGUUCACUAUCAGUCACGGAUUGAACCUGCGCUCGGCCUACAAACACAUCCUCUCAAGCUCUGGCCACUCGGAGGUCACCACCUUGCACUCUGAAGGGGCAGCUACCACCGACUACAUCUUCUACACCCCAAAUGAUGGUGGCUGUCUGCCCAGUGAAGGUCUGAAGCUGACCCAUUGUCUCUCCCUCCUAUCAGAGGAAGAACUCUGGUCGAUGAAGGGCCUACCAAACGAGAUAUUCCCCUCCGACCAUCUCAGUCUCCUGGCUGAAUUCCAGCUGGAUCUGAGACCUCAUGAUGUGAAAAACUAUGGAGAGGGAGAUCUCAGAGCAACAGUGAUUGCAGGGCAAGGCCAGUGUCAUUUGAACAGAAAUGUGCAUCCUCUAUCAAGGGCUGUUGCCAGUCCAUGGUUCAUGAAACGCUAAAAAAGGAAGUUUUUAAACAGUUCAAUCCUGGAAGCAGACCUUUUGGGAGGUCAACCCAGUAUUUUUAGUUCAGAAGCACCAGGAAAAACAAAUCACACCAAUAUUCAGUUCUGUUAUAAAUUGUUUUUUUUUCUCAGAGAAAUGCUCUUGCCAUUGGCCUUAAAAAUCAUUUGUCUUUAAAAAGACAUUGAUUUAUUAUUGAUGUAAUUGUGAAUUGACUUGUUUACUUGAGUGCUGAAAAUGCUAUGAAUAAAGUGUUUCUUUUUAAUUUA